UUUGUGCGGUAAAGAAAAACAGCGUUUGUUGUGGAGCCGUGUUCGACACGAUCCCUGAUACGUGACGUCUCACGUACCGGAACCGCAUCGCCAAACUACAUUUUAAAGAGUGUCCACUUAAGGUUUACAGCGGUCACCUGCGAGUUAUUGAUGGUGUCGAACAGAAAUUAUGGCCUUAAACAAAGUCACAAUAAUACUUCUAGACUUCGGCGGACAUGUCACGCAACAAGCAACACGGAUAUAAAUAGAAAUUAAACUUUAGUACACUGUUUGACCUCUCUUUCCGGUUAUUUCGAGCCAGUAGCGUUGACAUUGUAGGCGGUGGCAUUAAAUGCGAAUCUUUGUAUCUGUUUAGAUUUGGGGUAAUUUAACUGGUGCUUUGUGAGCAGAUAUACUGGGAUUUCCGGUGGUUUUCAAAUUGUAUUAACUUAUUUUCUAUCACUUACACAGUCGCAUCGAUAAACAAGGAAAUAUUAACUCUGGCGAUUUUUGAACGGAGUUUUGUGGUCAAAUCUCCAGCACGUAUGGGGCAGGGCUUCCUACACGGUCCGUACAGACAAGGAAGCCCGCUCAGCCAAUGGCGACGCGCCGCUGUUGGGAACAAAACGCACGAGGCCAAUUGUGAUCUCCAGUGGCGGGUUUUUCUUUUGAACUCGUUUCUGAUUGGACCACUAUCCAGCCGAUGCCGUCAUUUCCCUCGUGGCGCCGCGUUCGUAUCGGCCAGUGGCGACACCAGAAGAGGUAUGUCCUAUUAAAAUCGUGGAAUCGCUCGACCAAUCGCAUUUCUUCGUUGGGACUACCGCUGUCACCGCAGCCAAUCGCGGGCCGGGAAACAGAGCUCGGGCUCAACAGCUUGUUGUUCGUGAAUCGCUUUGCAGCCCGAGAGAGGGGAAGCAGCCGCGGCCGCGUAUAGAUCCACAGUCUUUCGAGCUGGACUCCCUCAAAUAGCCGUAAAGAUGAAGGCAGCAGACGAGCCUGCCUACCUGACAGUGGGGACGGAUGUCAGUGCCAAGUACAGAGGAGCCUUCUGCGAGGCCAAGAUCAAGACCGUGAAGCGCAUGGUGAAGGUCAAGGUGACUCUAAAAGGUGAAAGCACGUCCCAGGUGGUGCAGGACGACCAGGUUAAAGGACCUCUGAGGGUGGGCUCCACUGUGGAGGUGAAGACCAACGAGGGUUUAUCCAGCGAGGCCGUCAUCAGUAAGCUGACAGACGCCAGUCUCUACACUGUGGUGUUUGAUGAUGGAGAUGAGAAAACUCUCCGUCGUACGUCUCUGUGUCUGAAGGGAGAGAGACAUUUUGCAGAGAGUGAGACUUUGGACCAGCUGCCGUUGACAAACCCGGAGCAUUUCGGCACGCCGGUCAUGGGCAAGAAGUCAAACCGUGGUGGACGGCGUUCCUCCCAGGCUGUGGCUGACGAGGAGAACGAGUCUUCGUCCAGUGAGGAUGAGGAGGAGGACAGGAGGAGGCUGAACGAUGAGCUGCUGGGGAAGGUCUGCAGCAUCGAGGAUGAGGAGGAGCCCAGCAGCUGGUACCUGGCUCUGGUGGUGUCUCCGAGCUGUAACGAUGAGCUGGUGGUGAAGAAGGAUCAGUGUCUGGUCAGAUCGUUCAGCGACUCAAAGUUCCACACGGUGGCGAGGAGACACGUCCACGCCGUCAACACCAUCAGCAUCGCCAGGUCCGAGUUCUCCAGCAGGAGAGGUUUUGAAGCAGCCCAGAUGUUCCUGAGGAGCAGGGAGGUUCCAGAUGUGUGGAAGAUGGACAUGAGUCAGAUCCUGGACUCGUCCUCCAGCGACGAUGAGGACGAUGAAGAGGAGAAGGAGAGUGACGAAGAGGAGGAGGACGAAGACGAGAAGAAAAAGAAGAAGCUCAUAAAGGAGGAGCCGGAGGAGGAGCCCGACCCGGAGGAGAGGGACCACUUCCUGCAGCAGCUCUACAAGUUCAUGGAGGACAGAGGGACUCCCAUCAACAAACCUCCAGUGUUGGGUUAUAAAGACCUGAACCUCUUCAAGCUCUUCAGACUGGUCUAUCACCUGGGAGGCUGCCACAAGAUUGAGUCUGGGACAGUGUGGAAGCAGGUCUACAUGGAUCUGGGGAUCCCUGUCUUGAACUCUGCUGCGUCCUAUAACGUUAAGACGGCCUACAGGAAGUACCUGUACGGGUUCGAGGAGUACUGCCGCUCCGCCUGCAUCACCUUCAGGACCAUCCAUCACAACAACCCCCGCCCUCCUACCACACUGGCCAAUCAGAAGACGGCAGGGGUGGAGCUCAAAGAGCCCUCCACGCCGCCGGUGAAGGCGGAGCCAGUCGAUGACAAGAGGGAAGAGGUGGAGUCGGAGAGUGAGAGCGAGAAGGAGGAGGUGAAGGAGAGACAGUCGUCACCGAGGGGGAGGAGGAGGUGUGUGGGGAGCCAGUUGAAGGCAGAGAGAGAACCAUCCUCCAGACCAGACAAAAGAGGAGGAGGAGGAGAGAACAGUGAGGAGCAGAGGGAAGUGAGGAGACGCAGCAACAGAAGAAUGGACGACUCGGAGAAAGGCUCCGAGGAUGAGGAGGAGGACGAAGACGAUGAUGAGGAGGAGGAGGGCGAGAGGAGGAGAGGGGACAGGAGUGAGGAUGAGGAGGAUGGAGACUCUGUGACGGGGACGAAGGUGCGGGUGAAGUACGGCAAAGGAAAGACUCAGAAGAUCUACGAGGCUCACAUCAAGAAGACGGACAUAGACAACGGAGAACAGUUCUACCUGGUCCACUACUACGGCUGGAACGUCAGGUACGAUGAAUGGGUGAAGGCCGACAGGAUCAUCUGGCCCGUGGAGAAAGGAACAAAGAAGAGACAGAGGAAGAAGGUGAAGAACAAAGACGAUGUGGAGAAGGAUCGAGAUGAAGAGAAGCCGCCGGUGAAGCCGCCGGGAGCAAAGCGCGGUCGUCCUCAGAUCAGAACCACGCCCACAAGCUCAGCCGGGCGCAGCGUCUCCAAAACACCCAGCAACGAGGGGCGGUCCAACGGCAAGAGCAGCAGGACGGAGACAUCGUCCAACAUGGCCAACGGAGACAACACUCCUCGCAGGAGAACCAGGAGGACGUCGGGCAUGUACGACUCAGACAGAGCGUCCAUCGAUGAUUCUGGGAACUCGUCGGACGACAGCGAAUCAGAAGACCCGCCUGAUAAAAAGCCGUCGCCAUGGCGAGGGAGGACUGAAGCCCCACCCUGCCAGGAGGAGGAGGAGGAGGAAGAGGAGGAGGAAGAGGAACAGCAGGAGGAGGGGGAGGGUGAGGAGGAGGGGGAGGAGGAGGAGGAACAACAGGAGGAGGUGAAGGAGAUGUCGACGACGACGACAACGACAAGUGAGGUUGCUAACGUUGCAACGCCUGCUGACGACUCUGUUGCCACGGCAACAACAGGUCAGCCUCCUGCCGCUGAACUGCCGUGUCCCAGCAUGCCUCAGGAGAAAGCGGACAAGGUGCUGAGCCAGUCAAAGGAGGAGGCGGAGCAGGGGGAGGAGCCUGCAGAAGAGGCCACGGUGGCACCGGUUCACCUGGACAAGGAGAACAAAACGUCUCUUGGACAGGAAAUUCUUGUCAAGAUGUCUCCCAGCAGGAAGUCUCCUCCCCCCGACAAGGUUAAUAAAAUGUCUCCUCCCCCCGCCGCCACAGACAAACUCAAAACGUCUCCUGAGAAGCAGCAGCAGGUGUCCUCCCCUCUACCCGCUGCAGAGGAGGAGGACAGGUGCACUCCUCUGUCCUCCCCCAGGGCCAAAGGUCGCAGGGCCAAUGUCAGGGAGGCGGGCUCUGAAACUCCUCCCAGAAUCCCCCUCUGUACUCCCAGCCCCACCACCAGCCCCUCCCACUCGACGGCGCUGUCGUCUCCUCCUCGCGGCGUCCUGAAGAGACAGGACGAGCCCAUGGUGGUCCUGUGCUGCCUCCCCACGGAGCACCUCCCCCCUGAAUGUCCCGCAGUGGACUCAGACACCGACUCCGCCACAGAGGAGGAGGAGGAGGCUGAGGAGGAGGCGGGGUUACCUGAGGAGAGGAGCAGCGUGGCGAUCAAACGUAAAGCAGCAGAGCAGAGAGCAGCAGACAAGAAGCUCCGCCCUGACAAGAGACAGGAGGAGGCCGCCUCCCCCAAAACUCCCGCCCCUACACCCAAGACAGCAGCCGGAGCUUCACCUAAACCCGUCCCCUCACCGCUCCGCUCAGAGAGGAGGAGUGAGGGGGUGGUGAAGACAGAGGACUGGCCCCGUCCAGCAGAGGAGGUGCAGAGGGAGGUGUCAGAGGAACGUCUGGCAGGUGGAGCUACGAAGGAGCCAGAGGUGCGCGCUCGGACGCCUCCCCUCGCUCCAGAGGCCCCAGGCCCCUCCCCCGCUGAGGAGCUGGAGCCGCAGAUCGGCCCUGAGGCGCUGGUCUGCCACGAGGUGGACCUGGAUGACCCCGACGAGAAGGAGAAGCCCGUCUCCUCCUCAGAGCACCUCCUCCUGAUGAUGAGGGAGCAGCAACAAGCUCCACCCCCGCUGCCCCACCUUCUCCAUGCCUCCCUCCCUUCCCCCCACACCCCUCACCUCCCACAGACUCAGGUCAGGCCUUUCCUCCCGGCCGCCGCUCCCAGCUCCACCCCCUGCCCCGAGGAGCUCCACCCAGCCCGGAGCACCACCGAGGAGGAGAGAGGAGUGGCGAGGGGGGCGCAGGAGGGAGACUCCAGUCCAGGGUUUGAUGGCAGCGCCUCCUCCUCCACUACCUCCCUGCUGUCACUGCAGGAGAACAAGGACAGAGGUCAGAAGAGGGUGAUGGACUGUAACUCCAGCCCGUCGGCCAAGAAACAGAAACGCAACCAGAAACGGCCGAGCACGCCGGGGAAGGUGGAGAAGAACGGAGCAGGUCACAGCAGCGACAGUGAGGACCAGUCUCGUCUGUCGUCCCUGUCCAAGUCUCAGAAGUCUCGUUGUCCUGGUUUGUCGUCUCCGUCUCCCUCCCCUCAGCGCACGUACAAGUGGACCUUCCAGCUCGAUGAGUUGGACAGCAUGUCAAGCACAGAGAGGAUCUCCUUCCUGCAGGACAAGCUGCAGGAGAUCAGGAAGUACUACAUGACCCUGAAGUCAGAGGUCGCCUCCAUCGACAGACGCAGGAAGAGGCUAAAAAAGAAGGAGAGAGAAGUGUCGAACACGACGGCGUCGACCUCAUCAGGCUCCUCAGACACAGGUAUGAGUCCGUCCUCGGCCUCGCCCACUCAGAACACCGUUGCUGUGGAGUGCAGGUGAUGACACGCCCACCCAGGCCCCGCCCGCUCACUUCCUCCUGCUCAACCCCGCCCCCUUCGGCCACAGACUCCGCCUACUCAGCUAGCUCUGAGAGCACGACGGGGAAAAAUGUAAAAACCCUUCAGGUGAGAGUUCAACGACCGCAGCAGUGGCUGAUGGGAAUGCUGUCACUCCUUCAAAUAUGGCCGUGUGGGAGGGGAGGGAGUCUGCUCCCACCUGACAGCAGCUCCACCCCCUCACCUAUGGACUUAACUCCUGUUCAAGGAGUCAAAUGUGACGGAAAAAUCAGCUCGCUGUCUGUUCAGCCACCACAGAGCACUUCUCUAUCGCCUUCCUUCCUUCCUUCCUUCCUUGGUGCGUCCUCAGUACUGCUCAGCAUCUCCGAAUUUCAAAAUAAUGUGACGAGAUAUUAUGGGGGGGGGGUUAGAGUAUUCCUGCAGGGUAGAACAGAUUCCUGAAGCAGCACAGCUCAUUAUGCAAAUUAUUUUGUUUCUUUUCUUUUGUUUCUUUUUUUUUUUAAGAAAACAGAAAAUAUUAUUUAAAGAAAAAAAAAAAAAGUUUCCCAACUUCCUGCUGUGAGUGUCUCUGGUGUUUUUUAUAUGAAAUCAGAGCUUUUAUUUUGGUAAAAACAAACAAACAAAAAAUUCCAAAAAGUUUCUGACGUCACAGCGGGAGAGAAAACAAAUUGUCUUUUUUGUUUUUGUGUAAAAUAAUUAAAAUGAAGUUUCUGAUUUGUGUGAGUGUGUGUGUGUGUGUGUACGUGUGUGUGUGUGUGUGUGUGUACGUGUGUGUGUGUGUGUGGGUUUGAUAUGGAAGAUCAUUACUGCCAGAAAAAUAAAAAAUCGACAGAUGUAGAAAUGAUAAAAGUAAAAAUACACGUGGUCAAACGACUUGUCAUGAUUGUGAUUUAAAGGCUUCGACUUGAUGGAAUUUCAACAUUUUAAUUUCAGAAUAUUGACAAACAGAAAAAAUCAAAAUAGUGAUUUACGAUCUGAAACUGUGACUUUGUAAAUCUAAUUCUUUAUUUAAAGUCUUGAUUUUUAUUAAAAAUGUAUAAGUUUGACUCGAUCUCUGUGGUUGUGACUCAGGAAAUCUUCAUUUGACCUUUGACCUUAUUAUUAUUUUAUUUUUUUUAACUACAAAUUCAAAGAAGCUGCAGAAAUUGUCAUUUAAGUAGAAAUAAUGACAUUUUGUCCCAUAAUUCUACCUGAUUAUGGUUUUGACUUGUGACUUGGUCAUUGUCAUUUACAAACUCAUAAUUUCACCUGAAACAGUGAAACUGUGACUUUUUAUCUCAUAAUUCUGACUGAAGUGACUGUUGAAUGUUGUGACGUUGUCAAAGUCAAAUCCCAGUAAAAUGUCAAAUAAUUUUACUAACUUCAGUGACUGACUUUUAUCUUAUGAAGUUUGACUUAAACGACUUGAUUUCGACUCAUAACUUUGACUCGCUAAAGUCUAAAUGAUUUCGGUUUCUCCUGAUGUGACUUUACAGACGAUCAGUCCGAUUGAUUCUGCGUCAUAAUUUAGAUUUAAAGUUUUAAAAGUUAUUAAUUGGACUUUAGAUGUUACUUUUGACUCAUGGACAUAGUUGUGAAUGACUAAUUCCUAGUUUUGAAUUAAAGUCAUAAUUUUGGAUUUUAGUUUGUAUUUUGUACUUUUGGAUUCUAUAAUUAAACUUCCCAUCAGAGUUUUGACCUUCAUCAUUUCUAACGUUUGAUCAGUUGAUUUUUGGCUGAGUUGAUCUUCCAUAUGUUGAGUUCAGUACUGAUGCUGCUCCUGGAGGUUUUCUGCUGCACUACUCCACCCCCCCCCCCCACCCCCCACCCCCCCCCCCCCCAGGUCUCCCUCUGUGUCUCUGUGGCUCGGACUCUCGGCUGAUUUCAGCACCUGAACAUUUCUUUGUUUUGUACAUAAAAAGCUCUGAGUAAAGAAAAGAAUAAAACCACACCAUGUAUUUGAGAACUACAUUUUACACGCCUGUAAAGAAUGAUUUAUAAUAUUUUUUAAGAGAAGACUGUUUGUACUGUUGUAUUAUGAACUCCUCGGUUGUUUUUUUUUUUUUUUUUUUUUUUUUUUUUUCUAUGUGGUGUUUUGCUAGCGGCGGUUUAGAGAGCGACGACUGUAAAUACAGAAACACACACACUUCCUCCUGAGAACAGAAGCUAAGCCAUGCUGGAACUGUGUGCACAAUAAGCAGAGCUCUCUGUUUCUAAUAAAGUUUUUAAAUAUGUUUCCACUCUG